AUGAAGAACACUUUCUUUUAUGUGAUCUUCCUCCUCUCCUUCCUCUUUUUCCUUGCCAACAUGAACGAAGCAGCUGUUCCAUGCAGCACUGUUGAUGAAAAGGCAGCUGCCUGUGUAGGGUUUGCCACUGGAAAAUCUCCUAAGCCAACUCCUGCUUGCUGCACUGGGCUGCAAGAGCUUGCCAAGACUGUUAAAACAGUUGAUGAUAAGAAGGCUAUUUGCAAGUGUUUGAAGGCUGCCGGAGGCUCUUUAGGGGUGAAAGACCAGUUCUUGAGCAAGAUUCCUGGAGCUUGCAACAUUAAAGUUGGAUUCCCCGUCUCUACAAGCGUCAACUGUGAUGCGUAAGUAUAAUCUUGUUACAUUAUA